GUGAUGUGCUCCUCCGCCGACGAGGAGGCGUACAUGUACGCGUUCCAGCUGGCACUGGCGCCUAUGGUGCCCGUGAUGCUGAAGAACGCGAUCGAGCUGGGCAUGCUCGAGAUCGUAGUUGAGGCCGGCGGGAAGAAGCUGCCCCCUACGGAGGUGGCCGCGCGGCUGCCGCCCUCUGCUAACCCGCGAACGCCGGCCAUGGUUGACCGCAUGCUGCGGCUGCUAGCGUCGCACAACGUGGUGUCAUGCGAGGUGGAGCAAGGCAAGGACGGCCUCCCGGCCCGCCGGUACGGCUCCACGCCGGUGUGCAAUUGGCUAAACCCCGGCAAGGACGGUGGUUCCAUGGCCCCGCUCGUCUUCAUGAACGACAAGGUGGUUAUGGGGGCCUAUGAUCAUCUCAAGGGUGCCGUCUUGGAGGGUGGCCUGCCGUUCGAGAGGGCCUACGGGAUGACGUUGUUCGAUCACAUGGGUGUGGAUACGCGCUUCAAUCGCGUGUUCCACGAGGCCAUGAAGAACCUCUCCACCAUCAUCACCAGCAAGCUCCUCGAGUUCUACGGGGGCUUCGACGGCGUUGACACCCUGGUUGAUGUCGGGGGCGGCCUUGGCGCCACCAUCCACGCCGUCACCUCCAGGUAUCCACACAUUAAAGGUGUCAACUUCGACCUGCCUCAGGUCAUCUCCCAGGCCCCGUCCUUGGCAGGCGUGCAGCACCUGAGCGGUGACAUGUUCGACAAGGUACCUCCUGGGGACGCCAUCGUCAUGAAGUGGAUACUCCAUGAUUGGACCGACCAGCAAUGCACCACGCUUCUCAGGAAUUGCUACAACGCGCUACCCGAGCAUGGCAAGGUUGUCCUCAUCGACUGCCUCGUGCCGGAAAAGCCAGAUCACACGCCCAUGGCCAAGACCACGUUCGAGUUCGACAUGCUCAUGCUCACGCUCACACCAGGCGGCAGGGAGAGAUACCUCACAGAGUUCCAAGACCUGGCCACGACCGCCGGGUUUGUUAGCGUCGAGGCAACCUACAUAUGCUGCAACGCAUGGGUCAUCGACUUCAUCAAAUAG